AUGACUGACCGACGUCGGGUCAAUGGCCCUCCUGGCCAUACCAGCGCGCCAGUGUUUGCACCCUCCCCGCAGACACAGAAGUCCCAACCCUUGCGAUUGAGAAAGCCCAACGAGCUGCGCAAGAUUUUUCUCCAGACUGGAAUAAUCCCAUCAGCCAGCGGUUCGGCAUAUCUCGAACUCGAAUCUCAGCCGACGGGGAAGCAAACCAUUUCACUCUCUUCCUCCACGAUCAAGUUGUCAUGUGCAGUCCAUGGGCCCAAACCGCUACCCAGAACAGCCGCGUUCUCACCAAAUCUACAGCUUACUGCGUCUGUCAAAUUUUCACCGUUUGCAACUCGGGUCAGACAAGGCUACGUUCGAGACUCUAUUGAAAAAGAUCUAGGUAUGCAUUUGGAAAAUGCGCUCAAAGGAGCUAUCAUACCUGAGCGAUGGCCGAAGAGUGGACUGGACGUAGCAGUAACUGUACUUGAAGCCGAACAAGAUCAUGGCUCUGGAGAGCGCAUCACAGGUGUUGCUUUGUUCAACGUCCUUGCAGGGUGCAUCAAUGUUGCCAUGGCAGCAAUUGCAGACUCGAGGAUUGACUGUUUGGAUCUGUUGGCUGCGGGAGUCGGUGCUAUUGUUCCAGGCCCAAAAUCGAGUCAGAUCAGAGUGUUGGAUCCUGCGGCUGCCGAACAUGAGGAGCUGCUCUCAACUUGUCUGGUUGGAUUCCUGCCUACUCGGGAUGAAGUCGUGGAGAUCUGGUCUACCGGCUCAGUGACUCCUCAAGCAUCGGAAGAAAACUUAGGAUUUGAUGAAUUGGUAGACAGCGCGGUCGCUGCUGCUCGUGGCGCACAGACGGUCUUGAAAGAAGUACUCCUCGAAAGUCUCACCAGGACUCAGGUUGCAACAAAGAAACAAUCCAGCUCUGAAAUGAGUGAUGUCGAGAUGGAUACAUGA